UUCUACUUCCUUAAAACCAAACCAUUUCACUCUCAAACCUCCUCUCCACAGCCAAAACUAGGGUUUUUCAAUCGACAAAGAAGAAAAGGAGAAAAGCUUAGAUUCAUUUUUCUUAAUCUCUACAACUUAUCAUGGCGACACAGAUGAGUAAGAAGCGAAAGUUUGUUGCUGAUGGAGUUUUCUUCGCCGAGUUGAACGAAGUAUUGACAAGAGAACUAGCUGAAGAUGGUUACUCUGGUGUUGAAGUUAGGGUUACACCUAUGAGGACUGAAAUCAUCAUCAGAGCUACCAGAACUCAAAAUGUUCUUGGUGAGAAGGGAAGGAGGAUUAGAGAAUUGACCUCUGUUGUACAGAAGAGGUUUAAGUUCCCAGAGAACAGCGUUGAGCUAUAUGCUGAGAAGGUUAACAACAGAGGUUUAUGUGCUAUUGCUCAAGCUGAGUCUCUCAGAUACAAGCUUCUUGGUGGGCUUGCUGUUCGUAGGGCCUGCUAUGGUGUUUUGAGAUUCGUCAUGGAAAGUGGUGCCAAGGGUUGCGAGGUUAUUGUGAGUGGAAAGCUUAGGGCAGCUCGUGCCAAGUCAAUGAAGUUCAAGGAUGGAUACAUGAUUUCUUCUGGUCAGCCUGUUAAUGAGUACAUUGACUCAGCUGUUAGACACGUUCUUCUUAGACAGGGUGUUCUUGGUAUCAAGGUCAAGAUCAUGUUGGAUUGGGAUCCUAAAGGAAAGAAUGGUCCAAUGACCCCAUUACCUGAUGUUGUUACCAUCCACCAACCUAAGGAUGAAGAAGACUUUGUUAGGCCUUCAAUGAUGGCUCCUACCGAUAUUGAAAUGCCACCUCAAAUGGUAGUUCCACCACAAAUGAUAGUAGCUUAAAAUGGAUGUGGUUUCUAGUUUGUAGUAAUUUUUGAGCUCUGUAAUUUGCUGAGGAUUUCGAAUGAUAAUACUUUUCCAGUUUAUGUUGGUUUCUUAUUGGCGAGUAGUAGAAGACUGAGAACUGUUUUCAAGUUUAGAAAGAUAAUUUUGUUUAUUCUUUAUCUUUUUGUUAGAUACUGUACCUUACCUUUUCAAUACUUGAUCAGUUGAUCAUUAUCUACUUAACUUUCUAGCACCAA